CUGAUAGGCAGCACUGACUGGCACUGAUAGGUGGCACUGACUGGCACUGAUGGGUGACAUUGAAAGGCAGCUCAGAUGGGCACUGAUAUGUGGCAUUGAUGUGCACUGGUAUGCACCGAUAUGUGGCAUUAAUGUGGCACUGGGCAUGGGCACUGAUGAGCACUGACUGCUGGCACUGAUGGACACUGACAGGUCGCACUUCUGGGGCCACACUGAUCAUCAGGGCACACUGAUCAUCACUGUCAGCAUGACAGCUCGAGAGGAGAGAAAUGCCAAUAACCGGCAUU